AUGUCUACUACUGCCAAGUUGAAUAAAGGUUCUGUACAACCUGAACGUGAUGUAGAAUUAAAUGCAGAUGCAGCUGCAGAAGGCGCCGUUUCAACUUUCGUCUCAAGCGCGGCUGUUUCAUUCCAGACUAACUUAUCAUCAAUAAUGUCUACGGAUUUUGUGGCGUGUUCUAAUAAUGUCGAUUCAAACGAUUCUGUUCCCGAAACUGACACAGAAAUUGCAGAAGCAGAUUUAGAAGAAAAACAACGACUAAUUAGUCAAAAAUUUUUCCAAAUUAAUUCAAUAAGAGAUGUUUGUGUACAAGGUUACGAGUUUUUCACUCAGUUUCCACACAGGGGCUGUCUAAUAGAAGACCAAAGGUAUUUGUCGUAUAGAAAAGCACUAGUAUCAUCUUGCAUAACUAUGAAGACUUGCUGAAUGUGCACCAUAUGUUUGUGUAUCAUGAGCGUACUUAUCAGGAGCGUCCAUUACUUUAUAUUGCUUUCAGAAAGAGGAGAAUGAAGGGGAUUUUAGUUUGCUAACCUUUGAGUUUAAGCGUCUCGGGUUGCUGACCUGGACUAUUCCUUUAGCCUCACUAAGGUAGCCGUGGUGUACCUACAGAUGCUAACCCACUAGCUAUCCUUCAAUAAACGGUAUCGCCGAAUACGAACUUCUUAAAGAGCUAUGAUAAAGCACAUAGGAUUGCCAUCCAUCUUCACCUUGGGGAGACCAGAUUUCACAAACGUUAAGUAAAAUUGCACACAUAGAAGCGUCGUAAACUGAACCUUUAACAUUCAGGCGAACGUCAUAACAGUGCUGGGAAUGGUGUAGUUCGGCGCAGACUUCAUGGUUUCCACUCAUUCUCUACUCCACAAGUGGUUACAUGACCAUACAUGAGACGCUAAUUAGCUACUUUCAAAAUGCUGACCUCCAUUGUGGGAUGUAACACAUCUACUGUAACACUACGUGUCACCUUCAAACUUAUCACUGGAAGUAUUUGCAUACGUGUAAUAAAACAAAAGGCAGGUUGGACCUCAUUAUUGGUGUAUGCUGCCGAACCUUACUGUUAGAUAACAUGAAGGUUACCUAGAUUAGACAUUUGGACAUUGGUGUCUUCAUGGUAUAUGUGGUGUGCCAUCUAAGUGCGAAACACCUUCAAGAUUGGCAGAAACUUAAACCUGUACUCACCCUCCUAGGUGAACUGCUAGUAAAGUUCAUAUAUAUGGCUCUUGGUGCCCAUUAAAUAAUACUGCACCAAUGUACUUUUAUCAAGUAAAAUUAUUCUAUGGUGGAAUUAUAUUCUACUACGCUGCCCUGACUCUUUUCUCACAUCAUUUGGAUGAAAAUAUUUUUUAUGAAUUUAGCUUUUCUCCUCUGGGGUCGGCUUUAAGAGGUACUCCCUAAAUUUUUUUCAUUGAUCUCAUACGCUUUAAUCAGAACGCUAUGUUACUAUUAUUGUCAUAAAACUCACGUACCAAGAACAGAGUUUUUUUCAUUUAUCAGACAAUAAACUAUCAACUGAUUGUUAAUACAUGGAACGUAUAUUUUACACUGGUUGGUGGUCAUUAAUAAAAUGUUUUUGGUUUUAGUUCCACGUAAUCUUUUUCUUGUUUUCUCUUAAUUAUUAUUAACAAGUAAACAGCUUUAAGAAAUAAGUUGGUCAUCAGAUUGGUAAACCUACUAUCGAUAGCUGAAUUCUUAUUAUUGAUUAAAGACGACAAUAUAGUGGUGACAAUAGGGUGGCGUCAGAUACUUACCAAAGGUCAUUAUUUUUUUAAUUACUGUUUUGCAUAGGAUAACUUAAUUAUUAAUGUGAACAAAAUUUUCAGUGCUCGCUUUUCUUGCAGAUUGUAGAGUAAUUAAAUAAAUCUACGGAGAUAUGACUCACAUUUAGAUUAUUGAGUUAGUAGUGAGGAUUUUGGAUUCAUUACAAUUGUGUUAGCUUUUCAUCAGUUAGAGAGACCAGUGAAUAUCACGGAGUACUGGGCAACUGUUCCAUCCUAUGCUGGGACUGUUCGAUGGUGCACCUCUACGAUCCCAUUAGGGAUCGAACCCAGACCCUUCAGGUUGCGAGACCAAGCUCACUGACCUUUCAGCCACUUGAGCUGGUUCAUCCAUGAAAACAUUUGACUUUCAGCCAGUAAGCCUUGGGUUCGAAUCUCGGUCCACCUACUUUAGCUUGAGCAACUGGCUGGGUUACACAACUGGGUAGUUACACAAUAAUUUUCUUAUAGUCAGGUUCAUUAAAAAGUCUAUUCCAAAUAAAUGAGUUGUGAUUUACUAACUGAAGAUAAAUCGACCUCCAAAAUAUUUUUUUUUCAUCCUAUUUUUUGUUUACUUUUAUUAUUAUUAUUUCAAAAAAUAAAAAUAAACAGAUUUUAGAACUUCAGCAUACUCUUGAGGAUUUGUCAACACGUGUAGAUGCUGUGAAAGAGGAGAAUUUAAAACUACGCUCAGAAAAUCAAAUAUUAGGCCAAUAUAUUGAAAAUAUGAUGGCCAAUUCAUCAGUUUUUCAGUCGACUUCACCACUGUCCGAUGGGAAUAGAUCACGUACAACAAAUAAAAAGUUAAGAGAUGAAUGACUAAGUGAUAUGUGGAAAAAUGUCGAAAGCCAGAUUGAAUAUAUAUCAAUUACUUCUUCUUUUUCAGUCAGUAUUUAUUUAAUAAUUUAAUAAUAUUUCUUUCAUAUAUUUUGCUUAUCUGCUAUAUCUGUUAGCAAUCCAACAGCCAGUCAUUCAGUCAGUAGAUAAGGCAUUAAAGCCUGCAAUAAUAAUAAUAAUAAUAAUAAUAAUAAUAAUA